UAAGGAGAGCUGAUUUUGAGAGAAAAUUUCUGGUUCGAGAGAGAGAAAAGAGAGAGAAACCAAAGGAAGGAGAAGAGGAGGAGAAGAAGGAGGAGUUAGGAUCAAUGAGACAUCUUCUCCAACCCCAAGUCUUUUUCUAUUUCUACCAUGUAUCUUCUUCCCUCCUUUAUGGAGUAGUCCUCUAAGGUACUAGGGGUUCUAAACCCCAAACCCUAACUUUAGGGUUUACUAUGUAUGUAUGUAUGUAUGUAUGUAUGUAUGUAUGUAUGUAUGUAUGUAUGUAUGUAUGUAUGGGUAUUUUAGGAUUUGAAUGAAUGAUUGUGUUUGUCUAGUUUAUUUUAAUGCCACUCUUUCCUAAAUGAUGAUGCUUGGUUAAGUUACCCUAAUAUUCCCUCUUAGCCUACUUUAUGAUACCGUGUUGGGUAUGGAGUUCUAGGAUUAGACGGGUAUGCGUCAUCUGGCGGUUUAUGGGGGCUUAUAGUGGUAGAGGCGACCGAACCCCUGCUAUAGGUAGCCUUCCUAAAUGAAACCCGAGAUGAAACCUUAGUGUGGACGGUGAAUAGUUCAAUUGAAAUGAGACAUAAGCUUAAUGCCCCAAAUACGAUACCCUAGUCCAGGUGACUGGAUCAUGGGUUUAGGGGAGGCGUACUCGAAGGCGUGUGGAUGACCACGGAAGCCCACGGAAAAGAUCUCACUCACCCCAUUCGAUGACCUUAAGUAUCUAGUUAUACAUAAUAACCCUAAGUUAGGGGGAGUGAUAGUUCCCCGAAGUACCUGCUUUUAGAUUUGAUCAAUCUCUAGACUAGUGUUUCCUCAUAUCCUCCACUCAAAACCUCAAAAACCGAUUAACUAAUUAGCAACUAGGGGGGAAGUAGGCUAGGGUACCAGGACCGAUUAGAAUACGACCUUGAUUACCACUAUACGACAAUGCCGUUGUAGGUUAAACUUAGACUAGGAUGGUAUAGUUGUUUAUACAUGCUAAACUCUAACAAUAACCUGCACAAAUUCAAGUGAUCAAGCUUUUUGGCGCUGUUGCCAAGGAACCUUGGUAACUAGUAGAAAACCAUUAAGUUGUUAGUUAGUCUUUACCUUGCUUUAUUUGUUUUGUGUGUUUGUUUCGUACUGUUUGUUUUUGUGUGUUUGUUUCGUAUUAUUUGUUUUUGUGUGUUUGUUUCGUGUUUUGUUCUUUUGUAUUUGUAUCAUUGUUUGUUUUGUUAUCCAACUUUGUACGUCAUGGGUUGUUGAGGGUUUUUCUUUGUAGCAUCUUUGUAUGAGAAAAAGGGAUUCCUUGGAAAUAUUACCUUUUGAUUCUGAAAUAGAGAGGACCCUUCGAAAUCUAAGAAGAGUUGCAAAAUCUCAACCUCCACCAAUCGCAGAACGUCAAGCUUUAGUACCACCAAGGUCAAGAACAAUGGGUGCUUACUCUAGGCCAAGUGUGGACAAUGUUCAAUCACCUAUUCUUCAUCCGACGUUGCCCAAUAAUGAUUAUGAGAUAAAGCCAGACACAAUUUUGAUGCUUCAAAGUGCGGUUCAAUUCAAUGGGAUGAUGAGUGAGGAUGCACAUUCACAUGUCAAGUCAUUUGAUGAGUUGACGGAUGGGAUCAAGGUGAACGGGGUUCCUGAUAGACCGUUAAUUACACAUGUUUUCACCCCUGUUCUUACACCGUUUGAGAUGUGGUUUCUCGUGUUUUAGACCGAUUUCACGCUAGGUUGUGCUUGUUUGUGAUAUUUAAGGUCCUGGCAAGUGAAUGAAGGUUUAGGAGCAAGUUCGGGGUCGAUUAGGCGAAGAUCGGGCGCGAGGCAAGUCACAAAGGAAGUCACACGGGCACACCCACAACCCACACGGCCGUGCAAGUGACCAAUUUGGCCGUGUGGGAUUGUGCGAGACCUCACACGGGCACAGAUAAUUUCCACACGGCCGUGUGAAGUUGCACUUUGGUCGUGUGGAAUUCUGCGAGGCUUCACACGGCCAGGCUGGGUGAGCUACACGGCCGUGUGACCCUGGCCGUGUUAGAAGCCUGGAAUUCAACUAAUCGAUACGCAGCGUUUGGAGCCACACGGGCAACUGGGUGGGCCACACGGCCGUGUGGCCUGCCCGUGUGAGUCGGGAUUUUCUGGUUUUAAGCCAAUUUCCAGCCACAAGUCGGGGGGAUUCGAGUUUUAGAGAGACAGAGCGAUUCCUAGAGAGAGAAAGCGACGAACAAGAGUCUCCAAGUGCCCUAGCUUGAUCUUCAUCACCAUUGGAGGCCAGUUUGAGCUUGGAGAAGUGCCGAUCAACGUCCAGGAGCAGGAAUCCAUCCUUCACAGUAUGAAUUCCGCGUCUGAUUCUGCUUUUGCUUCUUUCUCCAUGGAGUAGUUCUCCCAUUCAUCUGGGUAUGGAGAACCCUAGAUUUGUAUGUUAGCUUUGAUUGUAUGAACCCAAGUACUGAUUCUAUGAUUUGAUUAUAUUCGAUUGAGGUUUGAAUGAUUGAAUGACAUGAAUCCUGAUCAAAUUCCUGUUGUUUCUGCUUUAACCUAGAAUGAGAAUAUCUGCCUAGGUUAAUAGAGCAUCCUUGAUUGAAGGUAGGGAGUUGGUGACUUUAGUCGAGGAACCAACUCACUAUUCUGUACCAGAUUUACUUCGCUAGUGGGGGUUUUGUUUGUUAGGGUCUGAAGACCUUUAGUCAAGACUUCAGACUACUUAAGAACCUUCCGCAGUAUAACUAUCAUAGAACCUGAACUUGGUAAUUGCAAUCCGGCUUAACCGCAGUCUAGGGGGAACCAUAUCCGGGUGACCUCUCUUAACCUGAAUACAACCGUUUACUUGCUUUGUUUGUUUGUUAGUUUAGACUUGCAUUAAAGUUUCAUUGCUAGAUAACAAUAAUUCACCGAGUAGUCAUCAAAUCUAGGACCCGGGUUGACAUUUAAACCCAAACCCGCUAUACUACGCUUUAGGAAGUGGUUUCACUUGGCCAAUUCCUAGGGUGACAGUAGAAGUGAGUCAGUUCCUCAAGAGGCUAUAACUCCGGUAUAUAUGACAACUGAAUAGUUAAAUGAGUUCUACAGUAUUUUAAAAGUUGAGCCGAACUGGUUGGUCAGACCGGUAAAAUUGUGACCCGACUGUCAGGUUGACUCAUUUCACUUAAGUACUUGAAUUUUUUUGGACCGAAUGGUCGAUAAGCUGUCGAAACAGUUAACCUCUCAAAUAGCUCAACUGGCCAUUUGGGGCGUGCUCGAAUCCCAAUAAUCCGCCAUUGUUCUGUCUUGCAGCUUCGUGGGACAACUAUUGUUGCAAUUCCAAUAGGGGUCCCUGCAAAUCCAAGAGUUUUUACAAAAUUUAAUGUUCUUACCAUUCUUGACAUUGCAAGCAACACCUAUGUGCAAAAUGGUGACAGAUGGAGAGGAACUGUGACAGACAAAUGAACUUCCCUUAAUAUUGGUGAGUAAAUUGAGCACUUUCUUGUUGUGUUCAUUCUUUCUUCUCGUCACCUUUUUCCCAAAAAGACUGAUCACCAGAGACAUGUUUCCAGACUCCUUUGGCUAACAUGACUUGAUUGGCAAGUCUAGUUGAUCAGACCCCCACCGCACCCUGACUUCGAGGGAGCUUUAAUUAAUCCCAAGCAACCAGAUAAAGUUUGGAUCUCCCAUCUUCGUCGCCCAAACAAACUGUCUAUUGUAAA